GUCUUCGAACGUGACGCAAUACAAUCUAAAAAAAUAAAUACAUAAACUUGGAUGGCGACACGUGCAGGGCACGGUUCAAAAUAUAAAUUGUGCGGGAUGAGAUAAUUUCCCGUAGGCGUAGACUGAGUUACGCCUUGAAAGGUGCAUCGUAUGAUCAUCGAGUAACGUUCGUGAGUGGCCAUUCGUUUCCAGCUCAGUAACCGAGUCUAGUGGAGCCCACAGAUCCCGCUGCUGCCGGCACCUGUCCGUGCGUUUGUUUGCUGCGUCAAGCGAAAAUAUCUGCUCCCAUAAUCAAUCGGUGAUACGAUACGGAACGGUCCGCUUCGUUCGGCGAUGAGUCCGUCCACAUUGAUUACAGCAGUGUAAUUUAGAUAGAACACUGGUGCCUUUAACUGAUGGUUUGAAAACUGUUGGAUUUUCGUUUUAUUGAAUACCAAAAACAAAAGUGAUCAGGUGACCGACCAUUGAUGUUGAAGGUGUAUUUAUAUUGCCACGAUUCUCGAAAUGGAUUAUCUGUUGGACAUUCAGGAAAAGAUACGUGACUAUCUUGUCAAUAUUGGACUGAAUAAAUACGUCAACUUCCUCAUCACACAGUUUCUGGCACUGAUCCUAGCGUCAGUCUUCCGUUCCUAUUUGCAUCCGUCGAAGGUAACAGCCAGUACCCGACAUGCGAUCGGGCUGGUAAUUGGACUAUUCUUCGGAUAUUUCUGCUUUGGACAGCAAGCCAUCCACAUUGCCGGACUUCCAGCCGUUUGUUAUGUCGUCAUACGCACACAAAACCCGCAAAUCGUACAACGAAUCGUCAUGGUGGUCGCCCUGGCGUAUCUAUCCUGUAUCCAUUUGCACCGGCAGUACUAUGAUUACGGAUCGUACUCACUGGACAUCACCGGUCCGCUGAUGAUUAUUACCCAGAAGGUGACCAGCUUGGCAUUCAGCAUCCACGAUGGUUUCACGCGGGAGAUAAAUGAUCUCACCGACAGUCAGCAGCAGCACGCAAUCCGGAAACUUCCCUCGGCACUGGAGUUCUUCUCCUACACGCUGCACUUCCAAGGCCUGAUGGCUGGACCUUUGGUUUUCUACAAAGAUUAUAUCGAGUUCAUCGAAGGCUAUCACAUCCUGAAACAAACGGCCGUAUCAAAUGGCAAAUACGAUAUUGAUAAGAAAAUCGUACAUGAACCGUCACCGGUAAAAGUUGUCGUGAAAAAGGUGAUCGCAAGUUUGGUCUGUGCUUUGAUAUUCGUCAAAUUCGCCACUAUAUAUCCAAUCAAGGUCAUGAAAGAUGACGGUUUUAUAGAAAGUACCGGUUUCUUCUAUUCCUUCUGGUACAUGAUGAUGGCAACAACGGCUGUCCGAUUCAAGUACUAUUUCGCCUGGCUGCUAUCGGAUGCCAUCUGCAACAACUCGGGGCUCGGAUUCAACGGCUACGAGAAAGAUGGCGUCACGCCACGCUGGGACAUGGUGUCCAACAUAGACGUGUGGGCGUUCGAGUUCGGUACGAACUUCCGCAACUGUAUAAAUUCAUGGAACACCGGAACAAAUCGAUGGUUACGGAUGGUGGUGUUCGAGCGCGUUCCAAAGCGUUAUGGCACAGUAUUAACGUUCAGCUUGAGUGCACUCUGGCAUGGCUUCUAUCCCGGAUACUACAUUACCUUUGCGACCGGAGCGUUCAUCGUGAUGUCGGCACGUGUCGCACGGAAGCUGUUCCGCGAUCGCUUCCAGGAGACGCCAUUCAUGCGGAUACUCUACGACGUCCUGACUUGUCUUGUUACGCGUGUUUUUAUGGGUUACACCACAUUUCCAUUCGUUUUACUCGAGUUUAAGGCUAGUCUUCGUAUGUACCUGAAUGUUUUUAUGUGCCUUCAUCUAGUCGCUUUGAUCACUGUAUUAAUUUUAACGAAACUCAUGCCACGAGGCGAACGGAAACGUUUGUCCCCAGUUGCCACCACCGCCAGCAUUACUACUGCUGUUGCCAAUGACCGUGUAACCGAUUCCACCCGUGAUUAUUCGACUGUAGGGAUCACAACCACCUGCGACGGGUUUCGCUUAUUAGCAGGUCACAAUCUACCCGGACAUAAUGGAACCACCACCUUCAACGGAAGUGCCCCCACUACACCACUUAACGUUGAUGACGGGGAAUCACACGACCAGCCAGCAACACCCGCAGUAGCAGCAACCAGUAAGACUGAGAGGGAAAGUGAUAAUCUAUCUAAUCUUAUCAAAGAAAAGUUCGAACAGGAGACACGCAACAUCGAGGAGUUGAUAGAUAAAACCGUUACUGGAAUCGUUGAGCUCAAAGACGACCUCAUGCGUAUGAACGAAAACAACGAGAUUUUCAUCUCGGCCGAAACGCUUCGCAAGCGUCAGCAAAACAAAGCAAUGGUUGAUCUUAAAAAUCACAACGGAUCCGAUCAUCUAAGCGUAAGCGGUGGAGUCGAUGCCUUUAUCAAGAAGGAAAUCGACGCAUUGAAUGCCGCCGUGCAGCAGGCAAAUGUUUUGCCGGCUGUUCUUAGUAAUGGCCAUGCCAAAUAAUAUUCUUCCAGCCAUCGCGACAACCACGUCGAGUUAGAAGGCGCCUAAAUUAUAUAUCCUGCUGAUAUUGGAUCGGACACUUGCCGAGACGCCGAUGCGCAUCGGGAACAAGAUGAAUAAAACACUUUUUUCCGUACAGAGACGAAUAGUUCUCUCUCUCUCUAUCUCCAUUUUAUUAGAUUCAAGCAUGCUCCUUAGAAUACAACAACUAAAUUCAAGUGAACAAAUCGAUAGGUGUGCGCAAAAAUUCGCUUUAGAGAUGAGAUAAAUACUAAGUCUAUAGUGAUUAAAACGGUAACCAGAUAUUUCCUAACUUUAUGAUCAAAUCUUAUUGAACAAGCAAACGCAACUUAGAAGCAUACUCGUGAGCAGAACGAGGUCGAGCAUGAUGCUAAGAAAAACACACAACAGGAUGAAUUUUAAUUACGAAGAUCCAAGUUAUUAAGAAGAGAUUAGUUAUUAGUUAUUAACAUGUAACACAAAAAGUAUGUGAAAAAAAAACACAAACACACAAAACAGAAACAGAUCACACAAAUUAAUCUAAGUUAAAAAAGAAAAUAAACUGCUGCGUGAUAUGCGAA